GAGAGAACAACAAAGCGGGAUGGCGAGCCUGCGAGGCAUCAUCUCCAACAAUCUAUCUAUCGAUCUGGCCUCGACGCUCUCUUCCGCUCCUCCCCCCCUCUACCUCUGUGUCGGAUUCUCCUUCUACCCAAUUACUGCAGGAUCUAUCCAUCAUGGUCGUUCUGGCAGCGUCGAUAUGCACCCGUGGCGGGAAGGCGGUGCUUUCCCGCCAGUUCAGAGAGAUUGCACGAUCCCGUAUUGAGGCGCUUCUGGCCUCGUUCCCAAAACUUGCAGACUCGGGGACACAGCACACCACGGUCGAACAGGACAAUGUGCGCUUCGUCUACCAGCCCCUGGAUGAGCUUUACAUAGUUCUCAUUACCAACCGCCAAUCAAACAUCCUCCAAGAUAUCGACAGUCUCCAUCUGUUCGCACAGGUUACUACGAGCAUUUGCAAAACUCUGGAUGAGCGCGAGAUAUUACGGAACGCCUUCGAGUUGCUGAGUGCCUUCGAUGAGUUGGUGACUCUUGGGUAUAGGGAGAACCUUUCCCUCAGCCAGAUCAAAACCUUCCUGGAAAUGGAGAGUCACGAGGAGAGAAUCCAAGAGAUUAUCGAAAGGAAUAAAGAAUUGGAAGCUAGUGAAGAGAGGAAGAGGAAGGCGAAACAACUUGAACUUCAGCGUAAAGAGGCUGCCCGCAGCGGCCAUGGCAUGGCCCCUCGAGCCCCAUCGUAUCCUGUCUAUACGCCUCCGACUCGUCCCGCUGUACCCCAAACAUAUGAUUCUUACGAAGCAGAGAAGCAGAAAACAUUUUCCAAACCACUUCCCAGCCGUGGCAAGGGAAUGCAACUUGGCAAGAAGUCCAAGACAACCGAUAUUUACGAAAAGGUUCGAGAAGAUCUAGGCCCUGAAGUGGAGGAAUCCACCCCUCUUGUCUCCUCUCAGGCAGCUACUCCAGUCGCUGCACCGUCAGAUGCUCGUGCUUCGCUCUCUGCGGACCGAGAGGGAGUUCAUAUCACAGUUGCGGAGACAAUUUCGGCAAAACUGAGUCGUGAAGGCGCUCUCAAAUCCUUUGAAGUGAAGGGCGAUCUCCAACUUCGAAUCACAGACCAGGCCUUCACCAAGAUUAAAUUGGACCUAAAUGCAAUCCCAAGUCACGGCGCUCAAUUUCGCACGCAUCCGAAUGUAGACAAGGCCUUAUUCACCAACUCGAAUAUUAUUCAACUCAAGGAUACGUCUAAGCGUUUCCCUGCUAAUAAUGCUAUUGGUGUUUUGCGAUGGCGUGUUGCCAGUUCCGGCUCCGACAAAGGCGAUAUUCUUCCCAUCACAUUCACUGUAUGGGUGAAUAAGGGCUCCGACUCGACAACGGUAACGGUUGAAUAUGAACUUACUGGGGCGGACAACUUGCGAGACGUCGCUGUCACUAUACCCUACGGGGCAACGGAGCCGAUGGUCUCUAGCUUUGACGCCGUCUACGAGGUUUCCGGCGACAGCUUAGAGUGGAACAUCGGUACGAUUGACUCGGACAACGGCUCAGGCAGUUUCGAGUUCGAAGUCGUCGACCCUGAUGUCGAUGAAAAUGAGUUCUUCCCCAUGUCCGUCCGCUUUUCGAAGACAACUCCUUUCAUUGAGGUCGAUGUAUCUAGUGUCACGCUACUCGACAUGGAACAAGACGUUGGCUUUUCGAAAGAUGUGAAGAGUGUUGCUGAGGGAUUCAUAAUCGAGUAAUAAUUAGUCAAAUUUUCAUCGAUGAGCGGGGAAUAGAAAGUAUUAUCUGUUAUGAACGUUUUAUUUUAACCUAUGAAUAUUCUGAGUUUAAUACAUCUUCCGGAGACUUCUUUUGUGAUCGCAAAGCAAGAAGUAUCAGGGUUUGUUAGGCCACGACAAAUGUGUAGAGUACGUAUCUUUUCCUAUUAUGACAUCCUAAGAGUUUAGAUAUAAUAUUUCCUUUGAAUUUGUCUCA